UAGGUUUGCCGAAUUAGACAGCCAAACACGGCUUACAAAGAAAUACAAAUCCCUCUUCUCUCUUUUUCUCUCUCUCUAGAAACCCUCUCUCUCUCUCUCUCUCCUGAUACAAAAAAAUGGCGGUAUCUACUAGAAAAACCUCGAGCGGACCAGUUAUCCGGUCACCAACACCGGCCGGAAGAUUCUCCGGCGGGUACUCUCGCUCACCGUCUUCCUCUUCCUCAGCCUUCGCUUAUUCCACUUCAAGUUUCUCUUCCAGAUCGACGACCUUCUUCAACAACCACCACCGCUCCGCCUCGCCGCCACGCGUCAACAUGUACGGAGCCUCACCUACGUCGUCUCCUUCUGUGCGAUUCUCCAUCGACCACCACCGCUCGAUCUCUCCCAACAGAUCCAUCUCCGUCUCCCCACGCGGCGGCGCGUCCGGCGCUGUCGGCAACCCCCACCACCACCAGCAGAUCGUGAAGCGCACCCCCCCUCAGAAACGAACCUGUAUGUGCUCUCCCACCACUCACCCUGGCUCCUUCCGCUGCAGCUUACACAAGGGCUUCGGUUCCCAGUCGCACUCACAGUCGGCUCCGCCGAACAGACUCAACGCUCGUAGAUCGGCGAUGACGAACUCCCUCGUCCGAAUCGGCGGCGUGGAAGGCGAUCUAGUGAAGCGAGCCCUUGCGGCCUUGAUUCGACCCUCCUCCCACCAACAGCGGCGGCGCGCCGACUUUCGGCCGCGGCCGAGCCGGCUCUCGGCGAUGACGAAAGCAGCCGAUGAGUGAUUUAUGGUACGUUGACCGUUAAAUCUCUUAGUUUGACUGUUAUCUUACGGUAACGGUGACGACGACGGAGGCGUCAGAGACUUCUAAAGCUGCUUCAGGUUACGAAGUGGUCUGAUUAAGAAGAGCUUGGCGACUCGGAAAGCAGCGGAAUUGGAUUGAGUAUUUUUUUGGUGUAAUCCGGUGACCGAAAUUUCCAUAUAUACCCCCCCUCUACCCUGUAUAUAUAAAAAUCAUAUAUAAUCUCUCUUAUCAGAGCCUGCUACUGAUACUGAAGGACCCUAAUUCAUUUCAUCAACAUUAAUUUUCCAACUAAACCAACUCUAUAAUUUGAGACUUAAAACUGACUUAACUAACUAAUUAAUUCCAUUCAGAUUUCAGACUCAGAUUCCUUUGCAGUGCAGUGCAUUUUGAAAUUGUGUGGUGUGGUUUUUUUGUGUCCUGUCAAGUGCUCGCCGUUAUAAUCGACGUGAUGUUUGUCGUAAACUCCGUUGCACGUGUUCGUUACCAUCUCUGCGUGGUAUUUGCGUCUGUCGUUUGAGUUCAUUGUACGUACCGUUAAGUUCGUCCGUGUUUUUGUUUCUCGGCAAUGAGGUAUAUUUCUUUUUCUUUUUUAUUAUUUUUUAUUUUGUUUA